AUGCGUCUCCUUAACAAAGUCGCGCUCGUUACUGGUGCCUCCUCGGGUAUUGGACGGGCCAUCGCCCUGCGAUAUGCCCGCGAAGGCGCCAAGGUCGCCUGCGCGGACAUUACUCCGACGGCUCGCUCUCCUGUGCAUAAGGAACUGGACAUCACCACCCACGAGGCCAUCACCCAACAGGGCGGGAAGGCGUUCUACGUCCAGACCGAUGUCGGUGAUGAGGCGCAGAUGGAGAACGCAGUGUUGCAGACGGUGAAGGAAUUUGGUCGGUUGGACAUAAUGGUCAACAACGCCGGAGUCUCUCUCGAAUCCCGUCACCCCGCCCGGAUCCACGAAACCACCAACGAACUGUUCGACACUACCAUGCGGAUCAACACGCGCUCGGUCUUCCUGGGGAGCAAGUACGCCAUCACGCAGAUGCUGAAGCAGGACCCGCAUGCCUCGGGUGACCGGGGAUGGAUCAUCAACCUGUCGUCGAUUCUGGGGAUUGUGGCGGCGACCGAGAAUCCAUCCUACUGCGCCUCCAAAGGGGCUGUGAGUAAUCUCACUCGCCAGGUGGCGUUGGAUUAUGCGCGGGAUCGCAUCCAUGCCAAUGCGAUUUGUCCGGGUUAUACCCAAACGGCCAUCUAUGAAGAGACCACCCAGUAUAUGCAUACGGCGGAGGACCUGCAGCGACGACACCCCUUCAAUGGGCCGGGAUUGCCAGAUGACAUUGCCCGCGUGGCAGUAGUGCUGGCGAGUGAAGAUGCCAGCUGGAUGACAGGAGCGGUAGUCCCGGUCGAUGGGGGGUAUACAGCGCGGUGA